AUGGAGAAUAACUUUGAAAUUGUGUUUGUGCUUCAGGGUCUGAACGACUCGCUGACAAACCGUCAGAUCUACUUUGCCUUCGCUCUGAUGUCGUACCUCUUCACCGUGUCUGUAAACCUGACCCUCAUCAUCACCAUCAGCCUGGAUAAAACGCUCCACGAGCCGAUCUACAUCUUCUUGUGCAGCCUUUGUUUUAAUGAGAUCUGUGGAGCUUCGAGUUUCUACCCAAAGCUGCUUCAUGACCUUCUGACCAACUCUUAUGUCAUCACGUACACGGCCUGUUUGGGGCAGAUGUUUGUCACUUAUAGUUAUAUUUUCUCUGAGUGUACCAGUCUCACUGUCAUGGCGUAUGACCGCUACAUCGCCAUCUGCAAACCACUGCAGUACCGGAUGCUGAUGACAGCUCAGAAGGUAGCCCAGCUUCUGAUGCUCACCUGGUGCUUCUCAGUUUUUGAAACGGCAGUGGGCACCGUCCUGACCGCCAGGCUGCCGCUCUGCGGACGCCACAUCCCCAAGAUAUUCUGCACUAACUGGGAGGUGGUCAAACUGUCAUGCUCUGACUCGACCCUCAACAAUAUCUAUGCGUUCAUGUUGAUAUUUUCACACCUGUCACAGACUGCACUAAUCAUGGUGUCGUACGUCCACCUGAUACGAGCUGCCAUCAGAUCUCAAGCCGACCGCAGGAAAUUCAUGCAGACGUGUCUGCCACACCUCAUUACACUGCUGGUCUUCACCACCUCACUGAUGUUUGAUACCAUGUACUCUCGUUACAGCGGCGGCAGUACAAUGAAGGCCCUGCAGAAUGCAUUAGCUGCUCAGUUCCUGGUGGUCCCACCCCUCGUCAAUCCCAUCAUCUAUGGCUUGAACCUGCAGCAGAUCAGGUCCAGGAUGGUCCACAGGUUCACCCACCGGACUGGGACAUUCAGGAAAAACUAAGCCAUGUUAAUGAAAUCAAACAUGAAGAAAACAUAGGAAGAUGAAGUUAUUUUCUAAUCUUCUGUUCAAGUCAACCAAAAUAUGUGGAUAGAAUUCAGU